AUGCCACCACCACCUGGCUCUCGUGGCGCGACCGCUACCUCUACCCGACAGACCCGAUCCUCCACAAAUGCACCUCGCACGUCUCGAGGUGGCAUUGCGCGGCGUGGCCGUCCGUCUGGUCCACGAGGUGAUCGCGAUGGAGACGUCGACAUGGACAUCUCUGCUGGCAGCAAACCCAGCAGGUCUGGCGGCGGAAUCAACAAGUCUUCGAGCUCUUCGUCACGGCGCGGUACUACAAGAUCUUCUGGCCCUCCGAAGACCAAUACGAGACUCCAGCAGAACCUUGCGAAACACCUGGGCGGGGACACUUCGCACAUCCCCAAUGCCCCCAGCGCGGCCAAACUCGCAGCAAACAGCACAACACUCAUAGUCCUGGGUCUGAAGUCAAGUAAGGCUACUUCGAAUCCCGACGGAGGCAUUAAGAGUCUGCUGCAGUUCCUGGAGAGAAAAGCAACACAAUUGAAGGGCUCGGGUCGUCCUGUCACGAUUAAGAAGUCGCUUGCCAAGGGUGACUCCGUCUACAUACUGGCCAGCAACCAAGAUGCCGAGGAAAUCAUCAAGGUCAACAACUUCGUUUUUGCUGGAGCUCCCCUGACCAUUACCAUGAGCGAGGAGGGCUGGCCACGAACAGAUCAGCCCGAUUCUGCGAACUUGUCGAACAAAGCACAGCAGGACAAGAUGAUGCUACAGGGCGUCCUGGAGCGCCGAUACGAACCCGGCACGAAACUCCUCAACCUAUCGGCUUUGGGUCAAGACCCGAUCCUGACCGAGAUGGGAUUGUUCCAGGCAAAGAAUACGGCUGAGAAGACCUUCAAGGUGCUUAUGGUCAUCUGUCAGGACCUGUUCAAGACUCCGGAAGCGAAGCGUGAGGCAAUUGAAAGCGUGUCUCUUGCCGGCAACAAUGUCGACUACGUUGGCCAAGUCUAUGAACUUGCCGAGACCUUUCCUGAUCUUAAACACCUCGAUCUCAGCGACAACCAGUUUUCCUCCCUGAAGCAACUCAAUCGAUGGAGGGGCCGAUUCAAGCAUCUUCAAACCUUGCUUCUGAACAACAAUCCGAUCAUCCAGGCCGAACCCAACCAUGCCACCGAAGUGAUGGAUUGGUUCCCAAAGUUGCAGGUGCUGAGCAACGUCGUGGUCAGAACUCCUGAAGCCAUCGCCGCGGAAGAAGCAAAGACCAGACCGAAUCCAAUCCCACAACGAGGUUCUGACUUCCGCGAUGUUGCUGGACUCGGAGAACGUUUCAUUCGGGAGUUCCUCCCAAUGUAUGACACGAACCGCGAUGGCUUGUUAACGACCUUUUAUGACGAGCACAGUACUUUCACCCUAGCCGUCGAUACUGGUGGGCCGCGGGACACCAACACUCCUGUGCUUCCGUGGGCACCAUACUUGUCAUUCUCUCGCAACCAUCAGCGGAUCACUACCGAGCCAGCUCGGUUUCAACGCUACAUGAAGGGCAUACACAUCCAGGAGAUCUGGAAGAAACUGCCGGCGACCAGCCAUCCAGACCUGGCAUUGAGUGACAAAUACAUCAUUGACUGCCAUCCCAUGACUGGCCUACAUGAUCCUGUUGCCCACAAAGUACAGGGCGAGGACGGAAUGAUUAUCACGAUGCAUGGCGAAUUCGACGAGCUUGAGGCAUCGAGUGGGAAGACCGGAAAACGCAGCUUCUCUCGUACCUUCGUGAUCGGUCCCGGUAUGCCAGGUCGAAACACAAUACGCGUGGUUAGCGACAUGCUUUCGAUAAUGCCCUGGAGUCCGGUUCCAGCAGUCGCCGUGUCUACCUCGGGCCCGUCCCCUGAGGAGCAACAGCAGAUGAUGGCGCUCGAGCUAUCGAAACGCACAGGAAUGACUCCCGAUUUCUCCAAGAUGUGUCUCGAGACAGCUGAGUGGAAUUUCGACCGAGCAUUGGCCGUGUUUGAGGAAAAGAAGACCAGCAGCAUGAUGGAACCAUUCAACCCAGGCGAUAUCUCACGGCAGGACACAAUCACCACCUCCUACUCGGCCCACCAGGCCGAUACCUACCAUGCGGGAUAUCGAAAAUUCACAUGA